AGCCGACUUGUGGCUCAGAGCUGCGCUGGCCUGCCCGAGGCAGCCAGGCGGUGACGGGGCCUCCCGCGCGGGGAGGCAGCGGCUCCGGCCAUGGCGGUGGCCGUGCAGCAGGUGGAGGCCGACCUGAUGAGAGCUGCAGCGGUGUCCUCGAGAGCAGCGGAGGGCACCCGCGCGCCGCACUGGGACGCCGACCGCUGCGACGGCGGCGACGUAAUUCGUGAGGUGUGGGCCUGGAACUUCGAGGCCGAGUUCAGGGCCAUGCUCGCGGCCUGUCGGUACGGAGGUUGCCUGACUGCACUGGACAUGGAGUUCCCUGGCUUCGUCCGGGAGGAGCCUCGUGCGUGUUCCAAGGCCGUCCGGUAUCAGGUGCUCCGCGAAAAUGUAGAUAAGUUAUGGCCUGUGCAGGUUGGGAUCGCUGUAGCUGGUGCUGACAGGACCCUUAUCAGAGACUGGCGGAUCGGUGUGUGGAGCUUCAAUUUGCGCUUCGAUGCGCAGAAUGACGCUAGCUCGGCAGCUGGGAUGGUCUUCCUGAGGCGGGCUGGACUUGAUUUUCGUCGGCAUCUUUCUGAUGGAAUCCCAGCGAACCAGUUCGGCGCCCGUUUGGCUGACUCGCCCAUGUUCAGGUCGCACCGUCAGGCACCCUGGUGGCUCACCUUCUCGGGCUUCUACGACCUGGGUUACCUGCUGAAGCUGCUCUCGUUCGGCAAGCCCCUGCCAGCGGAGGCCGCCGAGUUCGACGAGCAGCUGUCCUCGGUGUGCCCGUGGCGCUACGAGCUGCGGGACCAGCUGCCGCGCGGCUCCCUGGAGGCGCUGGCCUGGAGCCACGGCGUGCCGCGGCGGGGCGCCGCCCACACCGCCGGCAGCGACGCCCUGCUGACGCUGGAGCUCUUCCUGCUCCUGGGGGCGGCCCCGUGGGCCCGCCUGGGGCUGCCCGACGGCUACUGGGGCCAGCAGGCCCUCGGCCUCCCAGCGCCCUGGGGCUACUGGGGGCCCCCCGCCGCGCCCGCGCACUGGCCGCUCCUGCCCGGCGCCUGGCCGCAGCCGAAGGCCCUCGCCGCGGCCGAGGCGAUCGCCCUGCAGCGGGCCGCCCUGGAGCAGCUCGUCGGGCUGCGGUGGGCGGGCCGGGGCUCGCCGUGGGCGUGGGCCUCUCGGUGACGGGGCUGCCAUUGCUUCCGUCGAGUGCCACGCUGCCGUGCAGACUGUCGGUGCACCGUGUAGCCGCUGUCCCGGGCGCGUGCCACGCCGUCAUGCGGACAUGUCCUGCGAGUGCGGCCCAGGCUGCUGGAUGCACGGUGAGCUGCCCCCCGGCUCUCGCGUCAAGGAGCCAGGUGCGUCAGGCCGCUCUGAGCGCGGCCCGGGGGGAAGUCGAGAUUAGAAGGACGGCGGGAACUGCGGACCAAAUGCUCACACACGCGCGCCUUGGGCGCGACUGCACAUUCACUUCAAAUGCGGGCCAUCUGGCCUCCCAAAGCAUAAAUAGUAUUUGCGGGGCUUGCCGCGGAAUCGCUUCAGUAGGGCCAAGCCUCAGGAUCUUACCUCUUUGUUAUCUUGUUCACUCUCUCUCUCUUUCCCUCCCUCCCUCCCUCUCUCUGGUUCCCUCGUCGUCGUCGUUAUCCUGACACGCCACGCUUCGCAGAUUGUGCUCGGAUGCCGCCCCUUUCCUCCAUGUACAUACAGCGCCUCUGUACAGGUUGUGGUCGCGAGGCGGAAUGACAAUGAAAAACGUAUGCGGG